UGUAUUUCGAAAAGUGAGGGUUCGUGUUUUAUUGUCCAUUUUUAUAAAAAUGAUUUAACUUAGAUAUACUUGAAAGGUAAUACGAAAACCUUAUAAAAAGUUUUAAAUCAAACUUAAUUUUGCUUCAGAAAGCUAAUUUUAAAAUCGAGGGCAGUGGAAGCAGAUCGACAAAUGCAUGUUUUCAGAAUCAAAAUACCGUGUUCUUGAGCAACUUCAGUCUGAUCCUUUGGCUUCUGACUUAUUAUGGAGUUUAUUCUGUGCAGCAGUGGAGAGUUAUCGCCAUGAUAGUAUCUUAAGGCCUUUCCCUUCAGCUUUUCUGGAUGAGAGAACAAGAGAAAAAGAUGUUGAACACCUGCGCACAGUUGUUUCAAGCAUACCAUCAUUUCAAGAACUAAUUGUUAAUGACAAUAUUCAGAAAACUCUGCCAUCCGAGUCAUGGGACCUCUUACAUUGGGUGUUACAAACCAGUUCUUUUCGUCUUUGUUCAGUUAAUAGUACAGAUAAGUUUCAGAAUAUCAAGCAGUUGACUCAUCAAGUAAUGUCUGCCUCAGCUCCUACUCAUGUAUAUGAAGUUUGCCCUACUGGUUCACGGGAACAGAAAUUUCAGAAAGCCAAAGGAGAAUGGAAAUCGCUCUAUGCUUAUCAUGGCUCUAGAAUAGAUAACUUUUUUUCUAUUCUACAUAAUGGACUGGUUUCUAAUCUGAAUAAGACUUCUCUCUUUGGAACAGGGACAUAUUUGUCUAGUGAAUUGACUGUUGCUCUACAUUACAGUCCAGUAGGUUGGAGCUGGAAAAAAAGUCUACAUGGAAGCCAGAUAAGUUGUGUUGCUGUUUGUGAAAUGAUAGAUCACCCUGACUUAAAAUGCCAAACUAAAGGUGGGAAAAGCUCAUCUCGAAGUUAUUCAUCUGAUAGCCUUGCUGGUAAAGUCCCAGAGAAGUAUUAUUUAGUCCAAAAUGAUGACCUGGUCAGAGUCCGUUAUUUACUAGUGUACACUGAGAGUCCUGUCAAAAGAAAAACCUGUGUAAACCAUCCUCGAAGCUGGUGGCAUCAGCAUAAGUUCUUCAUCAUGAUGAUGAUUUACGGAGUAGCUCUUCUUGCUAUUGGUCUGGCAACGUCCAAACAAUUUCACCGUUUCUUACAGAAACUUUUUUUGUAGUUUUGUAGACAUGGUUUAAAUUUCAUAUUUUGUUUGUAUUUGUAAUGUGCAAAUAUAUACAGGGUAAAGGGGUUUCCAGGGAAAAAAUAUUAUAAAUGGAUUUAAAAGAAUUUAGUAUGACAUAUUUUUUGCCAUGUAAUAAUCUUAUGUGUAUACUAUUAAUGUUUUGUAAGUUUGAAAGGUUUACUUAAAUCUUGCAUUUUGUUAUAUUCUUCAUUUAUAUCAUACCAAAGCAUGCUGGGCCAGUCAUUGAAAACCAAAAUAAAGUUUUUCAACCAAA